CUUUUCCGGAACUCUAGCCAUCAUGAGUCGUGUCAGAACAAAGACGGUCAAAAAGGCCGCCAAGCUCAUAAUCGAGAAAUACUACACUCGAUUGACCAUGGACUUCCAUACAAAUAAAAGGAUAUGUGAAGAAAUCGCUAUUAUACCUAGUAAAUCUUUGCGUAACAAGAUCGCUGGAUUUGUUACACACUUGAUGAAGCGUCUUAGACACAGUCAGGUGCGUGGUAUUUCUAUUAAACUGCAAGAAGAAGAGAGGGAACGCAGAGACAACUAUGUUCCUGAAGUUUCUGCCCUGGAACAUGACAUUCUGGAGGUUGAUCCAGAAACCAAGGAAAUGUUACAGAUGCUUGGAUUCAAUAACAUCCCUGGUCUUCAACUUACACAAUCUCAAUUACCUCCAUAUAGCAGACGUUCUUAA